GCUGCAUUUCCUCUUCCGGUUGAGCAGCGCGCCUGCUCCUGACGACGUGUUCUUCCGGUGGCGGAGUGGCGGAUUACCCUGUGACCGGCAAAAUGGAACUUGAGGCCAUGAGCAGAUACACCAGCCCCGUGAACCCGGCUGUCUUUCCCCACCUGACCGUGGUGCUGCUGGCCAUUGGCAUGUUCUUCACCGCCUGGUUCUUCGUUUAUGAGGUCACGUCCACCAAGUACACCCGGGACAUCUACAAAGAGCUCCUCAUCUCCCUGGUGGCCUCACUCUUCAUGGGCUUCGGAGUCCUCUUCCUGCUGCUCUGGGUCGGCAUCUACAUAUGAGCUCCCAAGGAUUCCAACCAGGCAGCUUCACUGAAUCCCUGCUUUUGUAAAUUAAUUUUUUUUAUUUUACUGUUGCUGGAAAUGUCCCACCUGUUGCUCACAAUAAAGGCAGAUAUGACAGCG